ACUCUUUUUAAACCGGUUAUUAGAGACUGGCAAAAUACUGCGAUGAGUCUAACACCAAUUUCGAGUCGAAUGGACGCUUCCUCGAGCUAUGCGUUCAAAUUCCGCAACUUAUGUGAAAACAAACAGAAAGUGAUUUAAUAAGUGUAUUUUUAUAAGUUCAUUUUUAGUUUGAAAUAACAGAGAAUUUGUUUAUUCCAAUUAUAUAGCAAAACGCAGGAUCAUGGCAGAAGAUUUUAGUCAUGUAUCCCCAAAAAGCUACCACCUGGGUGACUACAACAAGGGAGAGAAGAAGCUUCGUCUCCAGCAGUUGGAGCCUGAGAAGCAGAAGAAAGAACCCCGGCCAUUCCGGGAUAAUUUCCGGGAAUAUAUGUCCAGUACCACGUUACAUGGCUUUCGGUAUAUCGCGGACGGGAGUAUUACGUGGGUUGAGAGGACUUGGUGGUUCAUCAUGGUGACAUGCAGCAUAGUGGUGUGCUGUAUUUUAAUUCUUAAAGUGUGGAACAAGUGGGACGAAUCUCCGGUCAUCGUCAGUUUUGCCGAUACUUCCAACUCCGUGUGGCAUAUUCCGUUCCCGGCAGUAACGAUCUGCACGGAAACCAAACCUAGGAUGAGGGUGUUCAAUUUUACAAAAGCCAAUGAAGAUCGCUGGAAAAAACCACCUACCAUCAGUCCUGAAGACCUCAAGACUUUUCAAGAUAUGCUCCUACUCUGCAACUACGCCUCAGAUCCUGACAAAGGACCACAAUUUGCUGACAAAAGUUCUAUAGAAACUAUUUUACGUUUAGCACCGACAAUGGAUGAUGUAUUUUUGGACUGUCUGUGGGACGAUCUGACGUGCAAAGAGAUGUUCUACCACACAUUGACCAAAGAUGGCUUUUGUUUCACCUUCAACAUGCUCUCAGCUGAAGAAAUGUUUAGGACAGAGAAUCUUCAUAAAGAUUACUACCACGUUGCUGGUCAUAAUAAGAGUGCCUGGACUUUAGGGAAAGGAUACCCAAAAGGAGAAACUAUAAAAACAUAUCCGAGACGCGGGCCUAGUUACGGCGGUGUGGAGUUCGAGGUCAUUCUACUCACUGACAUCAGAGAUCAGGACUUAUAUUGUCGAGGACCCGUUCAAGGAUUUAAGAUCUGGCUCCACAGCCCAGCAGAGCUACCGAACAUGGGGCAGAACUUCUUCCGUCUCCCAAUCAAGUACCAGUCGGCUGCGGCUGUCACUCCGAGAGUUACGGACACCUCGGACGGACUGCGGCCUUAUCCGCCACAUAAACGUAACUGCUUCUUCCCCGAGGAACGUUACUUGCGUUUCUUCCGCAUCUACACGCAGAGGAACUGUGAACUGGAGUGCUCUUCAAACCACACAGCAUAUCGAUGUGGAUGCGUACCUUUAUACAUGCCUCAUGGCCCAGAGAUGAAAAUCUGUGGAGCUGGAAGUAGAAGUUGUGUUACCUCAGCUCUAGAGGAGCUCUCCUUAUCGAAGUCGUCCCUGGACCCCAAAUCGAGCCACUUGACCAUGAACUGCGACUGCCUCCAGGCUUGCACCGAGCUGAAGUAUGACGCGGAGGUCUCCCAAGCUGUGUACGACCUCACCGUUUACCGCAGGCAUUCUAACCCUGAUAUAGCUCAGGAGUGGCGUCUACCAUCUGGUCUGGUGGUGUAUUUCGCUGAAGAACUGUUCACUUCCCUCCGUCGCUCAGAGCUGUACGGUGGAGUGGACUUCAUCGCCAACUGCGGUGGUAUCAUGGGCCUCUUCAUGGGAUUCUCUUUUCUCAGCCUAAUCGAAAUCGUCUAUUACUUUACUAUGAGAUUAUGGUGUCAGAUCCGUAAGUCAUCAAGAGUUGUAGCAGAGUAAGGUAAUAAGUGGAGUAAAAAGGAGCAUGAUACUCGUUUUAAGUGCCAUUAACUAAAUCUCAU